AUGGAGUCAUCCAAGAUCUUUGGAGGAGAUGCAGAGGAAUGUGAAAGCAGUGAAUCUGGAUGGACAAUGUAUAUUGGAUCCCCCAUAGGAGGAGAUGAUGGGGAAAUUGAUGAAGGUACUCAUGAUGAUGCUCAUAAUCUAGAAGAUGAAAGUGAUGAUGAUUCUAUGGCUUCUGAUGCUUCUUCUAGGCCAUUUCAAUAUGACAAAGGAGGCUAUGGCUCUGCAGCUGAAGAGGAAUGUGAUGAGAACAAGUAUUGCUUAGACAAGAAAGCAAGUGAAACCCAAGAAAAGAAAUUAGAAGCUAAAAAGGUAAUGUCUUCUGUUCAGGAUGGUGGCAAGGUGAGCAAAAAUUAUUGGGUGUGUAAAAGGAAAUAGAUGUAUUUCCCUGCUAAGAAGCAUGUUUGUUGCUUAAUUAGGUUUAAUUUCAUCUAAAUUAUAGCAGCUAUAGUUGUUGUGAUGGGGAAACCUGUUCUGAUUCAAGAAAAGUGCCAUGGUAUACAGAAUGCAUGGAAGGUUAUUUCUAUAUCUUGUUGAGAUAUAUGUACUAAUUUGUUAUGGUAUGUAUGAGACAUCAGGCAUUACAAAA